UAUAAUCAAUAAUUGCCAAACUAAUCAUCCAAAAUUCAAGAACAAAAUCACAAAAUGCCUACGAACUCUAGCAUCUUCGCUGAAACCAAGAUCCCACAUCAAAAAAGCCAUGGCGGAGUUACUUUCCCCGCCGUGUUAUCUCCGGCAGCGGCGGGCGGUGCGUCCUCUUUGACGGCGGGCGUGAAGGAGCAGAGGCCAUGGCUGGACUCGCUUCUGCACAAACACGGCGCUAUUCUGUUUCGUGGUUUUGAUUCCUUAGCUACCGCUUCAGACUUCAACGACGUCGUGGAGGCGUUCGGGUACGAGGAGCUGCCGUACGUCGGCGGCGCCGCCCCCAGAACUAACGUCGUCGGCCGUGUUUUCACUGCUAACGAAUCCCCGCCUGAUCAGAAGAUCCCUUUUCACCAUGAAAUGGCUCAGGUGCAAAAGUACCCGACAAAAUUGUUCUUCUUCUGCGAAGUAGAGCCCGAGUCGGGCGGAGAAACGCCGAUAGUCCCGAGUCACAUCAUAUACGAAAGAAUGAAGGAGAAGCACUCAGACUUCGUGCACAAGUUGGAGAAGCACGGCGUGAUUUACACACGAGUUUUGGGGGAGGAUGACGACCCUUCCUCCCCUAUAGGCCGUGGCUGGAAAUCUACUUUCUUGACCGCAGAUAAGGCUGUCGCCCAGGAAAGAGCAGCUAAGCUGAAUAUGAAGGUGGAAUGGGGAGAUGAUGGAGCAGUAAAGACGAUAAUGGGGCCGAUGGCGGCGAUCAAGGAGGACGAGACGAGGCGGCAUCGGAAGAUUUGGUUCAAUAGCAUGGUGGCUGCUUACACGGGGUGGGAGGAUAAACGGAACGAUCCAAAGAAGGCGGUGACUUUUGGCGACGGAAGUCUGUUGCCGGAUGAUGUCAUCUACGAUUGCCUCAGAAUUUUGGAGGAGGAAAGUGUCGCUAUUCCGUGGCAAAAAGGUGACGUUUUGUUGAUCGACAAUAUGGCUGUUCUUCACGCGCGAAAGCCGUUUACCCCUCCUCGCAGGAUUUUGGCUUCUCUCUGCAAGUGAUAAAAUGUGGAUUUUAUGUUUUCGUUCCUCAAGAAUUACUAAUUUACUAGUACUAUAAUAUAUAUUCAUACUAGAUACUAUACAAUGUAUAAUGAUCUUUCCUUUUUUUAACAAUUUUUUUAAAGCCAUGUUUCUUUAAGGGUAAA